CGGAAAACGGGGCAAGCUUGUGAGAACACCCGCCACACGGGCACCAGCGAGCGUCUGCAACGAGCUACAAAACCAGACAACCAACAGCUUUUCCACCAUCCCACUGUUGUUCCAUCGCCAUGGCGAUUCCUAACGAGGCUUUGCAGAAGUUGGUGCACGAGAUUGAGAGCCAGGCCGUUGCAGCCCAACAGCAGAUUGGUCUGGCCCGCACCCAGAUGACGGCCAAGCAACGGGAGCAGCGCCUGGUGCGACUUACCCUCAGCGAGAUGGCAGGCCUGCCCGAAGAUGCCGUCGUGUAUGAGGGCGUAGGCAAGAUGUUCGUCUCGUUGCCUGUAGAUUCCUUGCGGCAGAAGCUGGACGGUCAGACCCAGACCCUCGAGACAGAGGUGGACAAGCUGGGCCAGCGGCUAUUGUACUUGGAGACGACACACAAGAACAGCCGCGACCACAUUGAGCAGAUGCUGCGGACCAAGUAGCCUAAGCGCCCAACGCCAGUGCGCCGCCUCUUGGCUUCCAGACUCCCGGGUUCUCGGCUCCCUCCCAGUCGUCCUCCCAGUCGUCCGAGCCGUCGUCGAGCCGCUGUAGUCUCAGAGAGUUUCAGGUGCCGCCUGCAGGUGCACAGGUUGGCGCCUCCAGCGCGGCCAGCCCUAUCAUCGUACCGCACCGCCACGACCCUGGCCUGCUUGGCUGGUUUGGCUGUGCAGCGGCUUGUCCAACCAGGCGGGUCCGCCCCCAAUUGUCGUCGGGAUUGUGGGAGUUCUGGUACCUUAGAUACGUAUCUACAUAGCAGAACUCCUCAGUAGAGGACCUGACAUCCUCUUGCUGCGUCCACCCUUGCUGUGACCUGUUGGGAUACCUCGGCCGCGCUCUCACGACAGUGGAACCCGGCGUACAGUCCCAUGAUGCUCGUCUGCCCACUAAGUACCUCGAUCAGCCAUGUACA